AUGUCUGCGCCGGCCACAGCGAUGGGCUCGUCCCACAAUGCCACAUUUAGGGACAAGGAGAAGCCCACGGCUGUCCGGUCCUCCAACAUUGUCGCCGCCAGAGCUGUCGCCGAUGCGAUCCGGACGUCUCUCGGGCCCCGCGGCAUGGACAAGAUGAUUCGAAGCGGCAAGGGGGAGACCAUCAUCACCAACGACGGACACACCAUGCUCAAGAGCAUGUCAGUCAUGCACCCCACGGCCAAGAUGCUUGUCAACCUGGCCGGUGCCCAGGACGUCGAGGCCGGCGACGGCACCACCUCGGUCGUUGUCAUCUGCGGCAGCUUGCUGGGCGCUGCCGACAGGCUGCUUUCCAAGGGCAUCCACCCGUCGGUCAUUUCAGAGGCUUUCCAGAGAGCCGCGGCUGCGGCUGUCGAGGUUCUCCACGACAUGUCUCAGCCCAUCACCUUGAACGACACGGCCUCGCUCCUCCAAGCCGCCAACACGUCUCUGUCUUCCAAGAUUGUGUCGCAGUACUCGAACCUUCUCGGCCCAAUGGCCGUCAAUUCCGUCACCAAGACCAUCGACUUGAGGAACGCAGACAAUGUCGACUUGAAAAAUAUUAGAAUCAUCAGAAAGGUUGGCGGCACAAUCGAGGACAGCGAGCUCGUCGACGGCCUGGUCCUCAAUCAACCCGUUCUCAAGAACGCCGGCGGACCCGCCAGGAUGGAAAAGGCACGCAUUGGGCUGAUUCAGUUCCAGCUGAGCCCCCCCAAGCCCGAUAUGGAGAAUACAAUCCAGGUCAACGACUAUCGGCAAAUGGACAAGAUUGUCAAGGAGGAGCGGCUCUACCUCUUGAACCUGGCCAAGAAGAUUAAGAAGGCAAAGUGCAACGUCCUGCUGCUCCAGAAAUCCAUCCUCCGCGACGCCGUCAACGACCUUUCGCUGCACUUUUUGGCCAAGCUGGGCAUUCUCGCCAUCAAGGACAUUGAGCGAGAUGAGGUCGAGUUCAUCUGCAAAUCGACGGGAUGCAAGCCGGUGGCCGACAUUGACUCCUUCACCGAGGAUAAGCUGGGCUCGGCGGACCUGGUCGAGGAGGUGCAGUCGUCAGGCGCACGGAUGGUCAAGGUGACCGGAGCCAAGGCAACGGGCAAGACGGUUUCCGUGGUUGUCCGAGGCGCCAACUCGCUCAUCUUGGAGGAGGCCGAGCGAAGCUUGCACGACGCACUCUGCGUGGUGCGCUGUCUCGUCAAGAAGAAGGCCCUGAUCGCUGGUGGAGGCGCGGCCGAGAUUGAGAUCGCCGCCCAGCUAUCGAAGCAGGCGCGAAGCCUGACCGGCACCGAAGCGAUUUGCUGGAAGGCAUUCGCGGACGCCAUGGAGGUGAUACCGACAACGCUGGCAGAGAAUGCCGGGCUGAACAGCAUCAAGGUGGUGACGGACCUGAGGCACCGGCACGAGAUGGGGGAGAAGAACGCCGGGGUCAGCAUCAAGUCUGGAGGGGUCAACACCAACAUAUCCAAGGAGAAUGUGCUUCAGCCACUGCUGGUGAGCACGAGCGCGAUUGAGCUGGCGGCGGAGACGGUCAAGAUGAUUCUGAGGAUAGACGACAUUGCUCUGACGAGAUGA